UCCUCCAGAGCAGCUUCCCCUGGCCUCGGGGGAAAUGGCUGGAGUAGAAACUCCCGCGGCCUUGGGUCUGGGGAGGUCUGGUACAGACAACCCCAUGGAAGAGGCUGCUGCCGAGAAUCAUGUGAAACCCUCACUUCCUUUGUGUAGCGCAAGUUGCCGACCACAAGCACCAAAGCAGAGGGGCAGGCAGCACACAGCCCGGCAGCCAGAGUACCAGUCCGGCGACAGUCCCUGAGGACCGCGGACGAGUCCCCUGUCCUGUCUGGCUUUGGCGCCUCAUCUGCAAAAUGUGGGCCGUAGAGGCUCACCCCCCGACGGCCUCCAAGGCUGCCUUCAGCUCUGAGUUAGAACUUACUCUUCCACGCGGGACUGAAUUGGCACUGAGAAGGCUCGUGGCUCCGGGGUGGUUGGCAAGGUGACGGGAUGAGCGAACGCCAAGUGAUCCAAGCGUCCGAGCUCGCCUUCCUCCUGGAAAACUGCAGCUCCUCCUAUGACUACGGGGAGAACGAGAGCGAGUCCUGCUGCCCGUCCCCGCCGUGCCCGCAGGACUUCAGCUUGAGCUUCGACCGCACCUUCCAGCCGGCCCUGUACGGCCUCCUCUUCGUGCUGGGGCUGCUGGGCAACGGCGCUGUGGCAGCCGUGCUGCUGAGCCAGCGGGCAGCCCGGAGCACCACCGACACCUUCCUGCUCCACCUGGCCGCGGCCGACAUACUGCUCGUGCUGACCCUGCCCCUGUGGGCGGUGGACGCCGCCAUCCAGUGGGUCUUCGGGUCUGGCCUCUGCAAGGUGGCCGGGGCCCUCUUCAACAUCAACUUCUACGCCGGGGCCCUCCUGCUGGCCUGCAUCAGCUUUGACCGCUACUUGAGCAUCGUGCACGCCACCCAGCUGUACCGCCGGGGGCCCCCGGGCCGCGUGACCGUCACCUGCGUGGUCGUCUGGGGGCUCUGCCUCUUCUUCGCCAUCCCCGACUUCAUCUUCCUGUCGGCCCACCGCGACGAGCGCCUCAACGCCACCCACUGUCAGUACGACUUCCCGCAGGUGGGCCGCACGGCCCUGCGCGUCCUGCAGCUGGUCGCCGGCUUCCUGCUGCCCUUGCUGGUCAUGGCCUACUGCUACGCCCGCAUCCUGGCUGUGCUGCUCGUCUCCAGGGGCCAGCGACGGCUGCGCGCCAUGCGGCUGGUCGUGGCGGUCGUGGCGGCCUUUGCCCUCUGCUGGACCCCUUACCACCUGGUGGUGCUGCUGGACACCCUCAUGGACCUGGGGGCCUUGAGCCGCAACUGUGGCCGGGAGAGCCGCGUGGACGUGGCCAAGUCGGUCACGGCCGGCCUGGGCUACAUGCACUGCUGCCUCAACCCGCUGCUCUACGCCUUUGUGGGCAUCAAGUUCCGAGAGCGCAUGUGGGGGCUGCUCGCGCGCCUGGGCCGGCCCGGCCAGAGAGGGCACCAGCGGCCGCCGUCGUCCUCCCGCCGGGAGUCGUCCUGGUCCGAGACCACGGAGGCCUCCUACUCGGGCUUGUGAGGCCGGACGGGGGCUCUCCUUUCGCCCCGCGGCCCCGACCACCCCCACACCCCAGGCUCCUCCCUCCCUCCCUCCCUCCCUCGCCCCGCAGCCUCACGCCCCACGCGCACUCCGGGGAUGCCCUGGCAGCCCCGGCACCCCCGGGGUCUCCCAGGGAGGCACCCCCUCCUCCCGACCGCCGCCGCCGCCGCCCCUGCUGCUCCUUAGCCGCCACGCCCCACUGCCACUUCGGAGGCGGCUGCCCAGAGCCCCACUGCCCUUCUUAUCCGGUAACUAGACCUUGGCCUUCCCCAUGUUCGGAGAGCACGAAGCGGAAAGCAUAGUAGAGGCUGCCCCUAUGGGGCCUUGGCCCGAGGCCUCCAACUCAGCAGCGACUGUAGCUGUGGUCCCCAAGACCUGUGUAUUCGUUCCUGGGUUUUUUGUUUUUUUUUUUUAAUGUCUAAAAUUCUGCUUCCAAGGUUGCAAUAAACA